AUGCCUCCCUUGCCUCCGGCCCCUCCAUCGCCUCCAUCACCUCCAUCACCUCCGUCGCCUCCUGGCGCUCCGCCGCUUCCUGCACCUCCGGCGGCUCCUGCACCUCCUGUGCCUCCGUUGGCCCCGGAGCCUCCAGCGCCCCCGACGCCUCCUGAGCCCCCGGCACCUCCUGCGCCCCCGCCGAGUCCGGCGCCCCCUGCAGCUCCUGUGCCUCCUGUGCCUCCUAUGCUUCCUGGGCCCCCGGCAGCUCCGCUGCCUCCGUGGCCUCCUGCACCUCCUGGGUUUCCUGGGGCUCCUGCGCUUCCGGCGCCUCCUGUCCCUCCUGUCCUUGCUGGGCUUCCUGGACCUUUUGCACGACAGAUUUAUCGCUUUUGCUCUCUGUCGUGCGUUCACUCCCCGUGA